AUGGAGGCUGUUCAAUCGAUCACCAAGUUUCCGCGGCGUUAUUUUAGUAUGCGACUUACAUUUGAUGAAGACGAAGACAAGACAUCACGAACUCUAACAUUGCCCAUCUCUCUGGAAGGAAGCUUCCGAGAGGAGCCCUCCGGCGAGGCCAGAAAGUCAGCCCCAGUUUCCAGUGACGAGGCGCAGGCUGUUAGCGGCGCUGGCGGGAAGGAGUCCGAGGGAGCUGAGGCAUCGAAGCGCAAGCGAUGCGGCAAAGCAAAGAACAUGGGAUCAGUAGUCCCUCCCAACCCAUACACCAGGGGCAAGCGCAAGCAACUCUAUGGCAGGGGUCCCAGCGGCUCCUACUUCUAUUAUACCUCAUCAAGUGAAGAAAGGAUCUCCAGUCCCCCUCCUGUCGCCGAAGGCCAAAGUAUUCCGGACAACUCAAUUUAUGUCCAUUUUACGACACGCGCGGACAGUGAUGAUGAAGAAGGUUCUCGGAGUUGGUACUGGGAUGGGGAUGCUUGGGUCUCGGUGCGCCAUGGGGAGGGUCGGAAAUUCCCCCAUGCGAUGUUGUAUUUCUCUAUCGAUAACCAGGACCGUGGUUCUUGGGUGGCGGACUCGACCCUUCACAGAGCAAGGCGAGGCUGA